AUGCUUCAACCUUGCCCAAAAACAAAAAAAGAUAUGGCGCUUGGACAGAAUAUAUAUCCGACACAGAGAACGGGGUUGGAAGACAUUCUGAAGGCAAUCGAGGAAUUGGAUUUUAAGGAACCAACUCCAAUUCAAUGGCAAGUUAUUCCUCUCGCUCUCCGUAAUCGCGCAGAUAUUUUGGGCUCCGCUCCAACAGGGAGUGGGAAGACCUUAGCUUUUGGCGUCCCUGUUUUAGUUCGUGUUCGGGAGGCAAAGCUUAGAUUUGCUACAAAGAUUCAGUCUAGUCUUGCACUCGGUUCGCAGGAAACGCAAACUUCUCCAAAACUGUCGAAAAAGGCAAAAAAACGCGUGAGAAGUGCUUCACUCUCGGGAUUGCAUGCCAACUCAUCUCGAGGUGAAAUGAAGCGUCGUAAAGUAAUGGAGGAGUUGGCUUUAAUUGAAGAACUCGACCCAGACACCAUGGAUGUUGUUAAAGUGCACGAUUUGUCAAAGAAGUCAGCUGUUAUGCACUCCGAGGAGUCUUUUAAUGGCGCUGUACCUUCCGACGGCGGCGUUCUAGGCUUGGUCAUUCUUCCAACUCGCGAAUUAGCCCUUCAGGUGACAACACAUCUGCGAGCACUGGCUAAACAUAUGACACCACCUGGAGUCACAAUCGAAGCCAUUGUCGGUGGAAUCUCUGUUCAAAAACAGGAGCGCAUUCUACGGCAGCGUCGUCCAGACAUACUUGUUGCGACUCCCGGUCGUUUGUGGGAAUUCAUUCAGCAGGAAAACGAAACUCUCGUCUCCAUGCCGCAAACGCUUUCAGCGGUGGUUUUUGACGAAGCUGAUAGAUUAGUUGAAUCACAGCAUUUUGUGGAAUUAAGAUCAAUUUUGCAAUUUCUGAAAAACAAACCGGCGGAUUUGAAGCGACAAACUUUUGUCUUCUCAGCCACUUUGACAUUUGUCCACAGUAAUGCUCUCAUGCCUGGCACACACUCGAAUAAACAUAUAAAGAAAUUUGCAACUGGAAAAAAGAUGGACGUCCAUGCCAAACUUGGUUUCCUUCGCGAUAUGCUAGGUCUAGCAGCCCGUGCCAAGGUGGUUGAUCUUUCCUCUUCUGCACCUCCGGAGCUGAUUGGCAAAAUAGGCGCCUCAGAUAAUGCUCCAGAAGCACCCAAGAAUACCGUUUGUCUUCCCUCCGGACUCUCUGAAUAUCGUCUCUCUUGUCCAAAUCAGGUGGACAAGGAUGUCCUUCUAGUCUGGCUCCUACUAGCCGCACGGGUGGUCAAUAGCGGCCGAGCUCUAAUUUUUUUGAACAGCAAAUCAGGAGCUCGAAGACUAGCUGGCGUUUUACGUCAGUGUGGUGAGAUAUCGCCUUAUCUCUGUGUCCUACAUGCUGAUAUGCUACAAAAACAGAGGCUUCGUUCUCUGGAACGUUUCCAAGCUAGUAAUGCAGCCGUGAUAGUGGCUACAGACGUAGCAGCUCGAGGCCUCGAUUUCGCCUCAUGUGAGGUCGCCUGGGUGGUGCAUUUCGAUGUGCCUCGCACCACCGAAAUCUACAUCCAUCGAUGUGGCCGAACGGCACGGGCUAAUCGAUCAGGACGGAGUGUGGUGAUGCUAGCCCCGGGGGAUGUUCUACGGUGGCGCAAACUGGCUCGCAAUUUACAUCAUCUUUCCGAAGAUGGUGAUGCUCUACACUUGCCCGAACUGAAGCCAACUGCCACCACCGAAGAAGUGGCCGAAUUUCGCUCCAUUGUCCGCCUAAUGCGCGAGAUGGAUGAGAUUGAACAUGGCGCGUCUAAGAAAGCCGCCGAUCGUGAGUGGUUUCUUCGCACUGCCCGUGAAGCCGACAUUGAUCUAGAUUCGGACUUGGGUCUUUCGAGUGACGAUGAUAACGACGGUGGGAAUCGUAAACGUGUGAAGAAAACGGCUAAGAAAACAGUGGUUUCUCUUCGACAUGCUGGCGUCGUGGCGACAGCGGCUGGAACGGAAUACGAAGCAUCCCCAGAAGGCACUAUUUGGGAGAAGAUUAUGCGUUUUUACUCCGAAUGA